UGCUGAACGGUUUCUCAGACACGCACCACGUCAGUUGUAGGCGGCUAAAUUUCCUACGCCUGUUAGCUAAAAGCAUACAAAAACAUUAUUGUGUUACUGUUUAGAAACGCGGACCUGAUGUGAAAAGCGCCAACAAUGUAACCCUUUAGUCAUUUUAAGCCUGCUAAUUAUGAACUCCAUGUCAUCAGCCCUGCACUCGGCUUCAAGCCCAUCAUGCAGAGCUCUGCCCGGGGAGGGAAGUCAGGUCCAGCCCAAGGCUCCCCUCCUGCAGAUUCUUCGGGUAGCUGGAGCUCAGGAGGAGAUUUUCACUCUGAAGGAGGUAAUGCAUUACCUUGGCCAGUACAUCAUUGUGAAGGAAUUGUAUGACAAACAGAGGCAGCACAUAGUCCAUUGUCAAGAUGAUCCACUUGGGGAGUUGCUGGAAGUGGAAAGCUUUUCUGUCAAAAGCCCCAGCCCUGUGUAUGAGAUGCUGAAGAGGAACUUGCUCAUUUUGAAUGGCUCGGACGCGGCAAAGAAUGUUUCAGUCGGCAAGGAUUCUAAUCAGUCUCCAUGUGAAGAUCCCGGGCAGGUGUCCAGCAAGAUGUGCAGUUCUGGAACCUCGUUCAGCGAUGCCAGUGCCUGUUCUAUGCAGAAUUCCUCUCAGCGAAGACCACGAGAUGAAGAUGAUGACUCAUUAGAUGGGAUGCCCAGAUCAGCCUGUAAGCGGCCAAAGCUGGAUGUGAGUCUUGACGAAUGGGACCUGUCUGGCUUGCCUUGGUGGUUUCUGGGUAACCUGCGCAGUAAUUACACACGCAGGAGCAAUGGCUCCACAGACAUCCACACAAAUCAACUCUUUUGUGGACAGGAGGAGGACACUGCUGUUGUGUCAGACACCACGGAUGACCUGUGGUUUCUGAAUGAGGCAGAGAGUGAGCAGGUUAGUGUGGAGAUGAAGGAGGCAGCACUUGAACAGGGCAGUGACUCCGAGUCUCCUCAGGAGGAAGAGGAGCAAGGGAGGGACAGCAAAGAGGACAAGGAGAUGCAGGAGGAGCUGGAUGAUGACUCUCAGUGUCUCAGUGAUGAUACAGACACCGAGAUUUCGUCGCAGGAUGCCUGGCAGUGCUCAGAGUGCCGCAAGUUUAACUCGGCCACACAACGCUACUGCAUGCGUUGCUGGGCACUGCGCAAGGAUUGGUACAAGGACUGUACACGCCUAGCACACUCUGUCUCAGUCCCCAACCUCCCAGAUCCCAAAGAUGAAGAUGAGGAUGAUGGUAUUGAUGUGCCUGACUGCCCAAGAACUGUUUCAGACCCUGUCAUCCUGCCCUCACAUUGGGCAUCUCGUGAUUUACCUGCCUUGCCUGCAUCUGCCAAGGGCAAAGCCCCACGCCGGGUGCUUCAGAGUUCCCAGGAGAGCCAAGAAGGGCGUGAAGUCAUGCUGGAACCCUGCAGGCUGUGCCGUGUGCGUCCACGCGACGGCAACAUCAUUCAUGGACGCACAGCGCACAUGCUCACCUGCUUUCCCUGUGCACGUAAGCUACACAGGUGCCAUGCUCCAUGCCCUGGCUGUGGCCAGAUCAUCCAGAAAGUCAUCAAGAUGUUUGUAGCCUGAAAGCUGAAGAAAUUAUUUAAAAUAAGCACAUGCAUAAAGUCUACAGAGGGCUCCAUAUCCUAACAACUAAAUAGCAGGUUGCAUGUAAAAAUGUACAUUGAAACAAAAACAAAAGCAUAUGGUAUACAGAGUUCUUCAUAUCUAACAUGGAAUUAAUGGUUUGCAUGUAAAAUAUACAUAUUUAAGUUGUACAGAACACUUCAUCUAAAUGUUGAAGGUGUAAAAUAAUGGGCAUGAAUGAUGUAGAAUUUGUAAAUAGUUUAUUCCUUGCAAAAUGCAUUGAGUGUAUAUAAUGUACAGAACUUAGUUGCUUCUGUCGUACACAUUCUUUUGUGAAGCUGGUAUUUUCCAUGCAUUAUGGAAGGAGAUGUACAUAUUUCUAUUCAGCUGAAGGAGGUGGAAAGAUACACAUGGCAUGGUACUUCCUGUGACACUUGUGAAUUUAGCACAGUACACCAAGGAAAACAAUUCCUGCAUUUAAAAGAAACCAAAAAGACUUUUACAAGUAAUACAUUUGCACAGAAGCUCACCCUUGCCACUAUGGUGUAAGAUAAUAGUUCACCAGGUGUUGCGUUUUAAAAUGAGAAUUGUAUAAAUUAUUUAUUUAUUAGCAUAAUCUCCCCAUUUCAUGGGGUUGUCUUGUUUGGUGUCCGAUUAGACCAGCUUUGCAUGUGAAUUGUGAUUGAACCACAAUUCUAUUCGCUUUACUUGUACUUAUUUUUCUUUUAAUGGUGGAUAUUUUGCAAUGAAAGUCUGACCUUUCUGGCUCACACAGAGUAGCACUUUGUACAGAUUUCUAUAAAUAUGCUAAAUGUCUAAAUACUGCUAUUAUAUGUGUGCAAAUAUAUAACAGUCUAUUGUCCUGCGAUGAAUAGCCUGCAAAGCUUGAUGUUUCCUCAAAGUUUAGAUUUUUAGAUCAAACAGGCCAAGAGGUUUCAGUUCUGCUCCAGUGCUUGGUGAAAAAUCAAUUCCUUUUUGUCAUCACCCCUCAUCUCAAGUUGGAGUUUGUCUAAGUUUGAGCAUCACUGAACUGUGAACAUUGAGGAACAGAGGAUCUCUAGAGUGCCAUUAAGGCUUUCUUUUUCCUAUUUAUGCUGUGCCUUCAUGCUUGCUUUCUAGUUCACUCUCUCUUGUAGCCUGUGCAGUAUGGUAAAAGAAAAAGCCAAUGAGGAGGAGGAAACUGGUUGACUGGGAUCUAAAUGAUACUUGUUACAGAUUUUUUUCUUUAGAGAAUCGAGUUUUACAAUUUAGUUGUUGCUGUUUUCUUAUAUAAAAAAAAGUAAUGUUUUAGCACUUCUUUUCAUUGACUUGCCAGAGCGCUUCUUCCUUUUCACAGAUGAGCAGUUCCUAAAUGGUUUGUGCUGUUGAUUAUUUAUCUUUCCCUCGCUUGACUUUGCUCUCUUAUUUGCAGUAAAUAGGAAUAAAAGCAUAAUUUAUGUGCUCUG